AUAGGAUGAGUAAAAGGUAAGGAAAAGAGGAGAGAACCCAAGUUGAGAAAGGUGAGGAACCCCACCUCGAAGCUGUCUAUAAUCUGGCGGCGUUAAUUGCAGUCAGCCGCUUCUCAGGCUAAGUUGAGACUACCCGAAGGCACUUUAUGUACGAGAAGGUUUCACAAAUGCCCCCAAAUGACUGUAAUCACAGCUCGAAAUGGGCCAUUCGCGUCCACCAGCCACAAGGCGCUAGUGCGAUCGAUUCUAAGAGGUGACAGAAAAAAAAAAAAAAAACAGCAAAGCCUGACCCAGACAAAGGAACGGCUUUCAGCGGUGGGAGAGCGCAAAACACUGUGGGAGGAGAAGUAGGACUGAGGCAUUUUUAGUUAGGCGUGAUUUUAGACCAGAGUUUAAGCACCGCCCUUUCCAUUUUUCCCGAAAACGUGGGCAGGGCUUCGGGUCUGUGACUCCGCUGGGCGGAUACAGCUGGCGUGCGCAGUUCUCAAACAGGUCCGACACACCACUAUAUAAAACACUGCCGCGGAGGGUUGACGGAUUGCAUCUGCUCGAGUCACAGACAUGUCUGGUCGUGGCAAAGGCGGGAAGGGUCUGGGCAAAGGCGGCGCUAAGCGCCACCGCAAGGUUCUGCGCGACAACAUCCAGGGCAUCACCAAGCCCGCCAUCCGGCGCCUGGCCCGGCGCGGCGGCGUCAAGCGCAUCUCCGGCCUCAUCUACGAGGAGACCCGCGGGGUGCUCAAGGUCUUCCUGGAGAAUGUGAUCCGGGACGCCGUCACCUACACCGAGCACGCCAAGCGCAAGACGGUCACCGCCAUGGACGUGGUCUACGCGCUCAAGCGCCAGGGCCGCACCCUGUACGGCUUCGGCGGCGGGGCGGGGCAGCAGUCUGCUGUCGAAUCAGAACGCGAGGGUCGUUAUAAAUACUGGGACGACUGCUUCUUGCUCUCAUUAGUGUUAAGUAGUUGGCUCUGCUUAGCUAUGGCUCGCACCAAGCAGACAGCUCGCAAGUCCACUGGCGGGAAGGCGCCCCGCAAGCAGCUGGCUACCAAGGCGGCCCGCAAGAGCGCGCCGGCCACCGGCGGCGUGAAGAAGCCCCACCGCUACCGGCCCGGCACGGUGGCGCUGCGCGAGAUCCGCCGCUACCAGAAGUCCACCGAGCUGCUGAUCCGCAAGCUGCCCUUCCAGCGCCUGGUGCGCGAGAUCGCGCAGGACUUCAAGACCGACCUGCGCUUCCAGAGCUCGGCCGUGAUGGCGCUGCAGGAGGCGUGCGAGGCCUACCUGGUGGGGCUCUUUGAGGACACCAACCUAGCUUUCUCUCUCACUAUGUCUGGCCGUGGUAAAGGCGGGAAGGGUCUGGGCAAAGGCGGCGCCAAGCGCCACCGCAAGGUCCUGCGCGACAACAUCCAGGGCAUCACCAAGCCCGCCAUCCGGCGCCUGGCCAGACGUGGCGGAGUCAAGCGCAUCUCCGGCCUCAUCUACGAGGAGACCCGCGGGGUGCUCAAGGUCUUCCUGGAGAACGUGAUCCGGGACGCCGUCACCUACACCGAGCACGCCAAGCGCAAGACGGUCACCGCCAUGGACGUGGUCUACGCGCUCAAGCGCCAGGGCCGCACCCUCUACGGCUUCGGCGGCUAAGUGUUGGCGCUUUUGUCUCCGUUCCCUUAACAAAACAAAAGGCCCUUCUCAGGGCCCCCCACUCUUUCACCCGAG